UUUCACAAAGCACAGCUGUCUUUUUCCCAUGGCAUCAAAGCUAUGCACUAAGUCAGGGAAAGUUUCUUAUAAUGAUUCGACACCAGGUCCAUCAAAUUCUUUAGACCAGUCUAUUCUGACACAAUCUUCUGAUGGGACAAUAUCGCUGGUCUCUAAAGGAAGAACAAAUGAAAAAAAGAGAAAUAAGAUUCGAUUAAAGUUAUUAGACAUCUUUGAAAAGAAAUCGACGGAUACAAAAGGAUUGCUGACAAAAAUAGCAAUGUUGUCAAAAAAUGAAACUCAUUAUUUAGUUGAAAAUGCAGUCGUCACGACAGAGUUACUUUCAAAAAUAAAUGACAUUGAACCGUCCUUAAAAGACACUGAUAUAUUCAAUUUCUUGAAAUCGUUUUCAAAUUUGAAUGAAAACGAAUAUAAUGAAUUAUAUCUUUUUGCAAGUGCACCUGAUGGUUACUUCGUCCUUCCGGGUGACCGAAUUGAGCCGAACAAGGUUGAAUUGUUUGACUUACUUGUACAUGACAGCGAAAAACGAGUUUCUUAUUUGUUUCAAGUGAAGAAAGGUUUGGACUACCAUACACGAGAUGCGUGUGCUCAAAUACGAAACAGUGCUGAAUUAUUGUGGCAUGAUUUCAUGCGCGGACACAAGCGACAUAUUGAAUUAUUCUGGGAAAAUGUUGUUGAGUCGAAGACAGCAACUUCGGUAUAUCGACACUUCGUCAGAGAAAAAUUGAUGACUCUUAAGAAAGAAGAGUUUGUUCGGAUGUUCGAUAAUGAUGUGCAGUUAGUGUUCGUUUUGGCCUUUUCGACUAAAAGUGCAAAGAACAAUCAAUUUCUUAAAUGGAAUUUUCAACUUAUUACUUCUGAAAUGCUGUACAAGCUCGAUUCGAAAUUUGAUUCAACAGUUCAUUCUGCCUUAAAGAAAAAGGAUAUUUUGACUGAACUUGGAUAUUUGGCUGACUCUUUCAUUGGUAUGACCCAAGAUAGGUUCAUACAUGAAUGCAGUGAUGAUCCACGGCUAAUAAAACUUAGCAUUGAAAAAAAGAAAGAACUGUAUAGAAUCCUGAGGGAUCAUGGAACUUGUGAUCUUUCAACUAUAGCAAAACUAGAAUUGCUUACACUUGACAACUGUUUCAACAAAUUUCAAAUCGGAGGAAGCGGCCGCCGAUUUAAGUUACAGAUUUGCCAUAUUGAUUCAUGUUGAUUCCUUUGUAGGUAAAUACUUAAAUUUCCCGUUUUACAACUUUUGUGUAAUUUAUGCAUCUCACGUAUCAUACAAAUCAUAUAUUAGAAUUCACUGCUGUGGAUUAAUUUAUCUUCGUGGAUAGAGGAAAACUUGCAUUUUCGUUUAUAUUUAAUUUUGUUGGUUUGACAAAGUCUGCAUAUGUUUCUUUAGACAAUUUGUAAUUUGUUGAACAUUUAAAUUCUUGGUUCCUCUGUACCAACGUAAUCCACGAAAUUUAGUAUCCAACGAAUAUUAAUAUAUCCACAGUAGUUGAAUAUUGCAUACACCGACAUGGGUCAUGCUUAUGUAUAAUUAUUCAAAGUACAAUGAAUGUGAUUCUCUGUUAUCAUCACCAUCGGAUAUAGGUAUCUCUAAAGCGUUGGAAAAACAAAUGUGAAGUGAGGUAAGGUUAAAUUCUUAAUUCUAAUUUACAUAGUAUUCUAUGUUUUGCUAAAAAGUAAAAAUGUUGAGAUACUGAUAAUGGUGUUGCAACUAUUUAGGGCUGAAAAUGACCUUUGAUUGGAUUUCUCUUCCAAUUGUCAAAAUCUAGACGUUUUCUAGAACAAAGGCAUAUCAUAUUUAAGCUAGAACAACAGUAUUUUGGGCUAUUGUUUAAACAUACAUUGUACAAUGUCAAGCGGCGAAAAGUCACUUACUGUACGGGGAUUAGAAUUGGUACUUUUUGCUUUUAUUAUUUCUUUGCUUCGAGGUACCUAUAUCCGGUUGGGAUACCAAUGCUACACAUUAUUAUGUAUUGUCAAUGAGAAAAAAGAAAGGGGGAGAUACCAGAGGGACAUUCAAACUCAUAGAUCGAAAAUGAACUGACAACGCCAAGGCGUAACAAGAAAAAGACAAACAGACAAACAAUAAUACGCAAAACAUAACAUAAACCACUAAGGACUAGCAACACGAACACCACCAAAAACUAGUGGCUAUCUCAGCUGCUUCUGAAGGGUAAGCAUACCCUGCCCUACAUGUGGCACCCAUCGAUUUGCUCAUGUUAUUUCCAACUCGGUCAACCAACUCGUGAUGGCUUCCCUUAAAUUUACGAAGAAAUUAUUUAAAUUUCACCUUUUUUAACUCUUGGUUUAAUAGCUUGCUUGUGAUCAGCAACCCUAUAUCAAGGAAAUAAUGAUGGAAAAUACAAGCCCAAACAUGGCAUAUCAAUUGUGAGAUAUACUCCAUAUGCAGGCGCUGUUUGUAUGUUGCUACAUAAAAAUGGAAAGUUUACAAUUGAGAAACUGAAUUCAUCUCUUUUAUCGUAUAGUUUUGUUUUCAACUGACCCUCGUUGUCAAGUUUUACAAGAAACAAAACCUAUAUAUACCGCAAUGAAAGAUAUAAAAUAUAAAACACUUCUAACCAAUGCCCUGGUGUAUAUACUAAAAACAAUAAACGAAACACAAAUAUGGUAUUCAGCAAAAAACACAACCAUUCAAGUACAGACUCCUGACUUGGGACAGGCAUAUACAUAAUGUGCGGGUUAUACCUUGUUUGCGGGCAUCCAACGCUCAACUAACCUAUGUCCGUGGUGAAAAAGUACAACAUACGAACAAAAUGUAUCUUGUCACUUUAAAAUCAAACACAAAAUAUAAUUUUAGAUAUGUUCAUUUACUGGAAAUUCCAUCAAUUCGAACUAAUUUUGAAAAAAAAAAUCUUUUCGACAUGCUGCCCUCAUAUAAUGAAACUCACUGUCGAAAAACUGCACAAAGGAAACAAAUUUCAAUCCGUUUUGAAAAGGAGAAGGUCCGAUAAGGGUUAGAUUUGUCCUAAUAUAUGCAAGAUUUUUGACGUUUUUCAAACAUUUUCCGUCGGUUCAAUUACUAUAUGUAAAUAAACUCAUCAUAGAUACCAGGACUAAAUUUUGUUUAUACGCCAGACACGCGUUUCGACUACAAAAGACUCAUCAGUGACGCUCGAAUCCCAAAAAUUUAAAAAGGCCAAAUUAAGUACGAAGUUGAAGAGCAUUGAGGACCAAAAUUCCUAAAAGCUUUGGCAAAUCCAGCUAAGGUAAUCUAUGCAUGAGGAAGAAAAGCCUUAGUAUAAAGAUUUGAACUGAUUUUAGUCAUUAGAGACGCUCAUUGUUAAGCUUACAUAUGAUAAGUCUAUCAAAUAUGCCAUAACACGUCGUUUUCAGAUGUUUGUUUGUCUAAAAUUGAAGGUGCUGCAUUCGUGUUCAGUCAUAACCUUUAUAUAUGCUACAAUCUAUGUAUUAUCAUAAAAUACAACAAAUAUUUAAAUAUUAAGAUUUAUUUACCUUUUAUCAUUUUUAAAUAUAUACAUAUACCAGCUAAUUUUUAAUGAGUUGAUUUUUAAUAAGAAGACAUUAUUUUUACAAAAUAUAAAUGCCAUCUUGUUUUGUUACUAAAUUUGCAUACAUUGUUUUUGUUUUGUUUUAUAGUUGAUGUAUAUGCUUAUGUGAAUGUUUUCAUUGUUGAAUCUUGAGAGCUUGCAAUUUGUGUUUUCUAUGUGAUACAAAACUUAUUUUUUAUAAUAUGUUUCUUAUAUAUCUUAUCUGUCUUAUAAUCUUGAAUCAACUUGCCGCCCGUAACUUUGCUAAAAUAUUUUAUUUGAAUUUUACAUUUGUUAGAGAUACAUGAAGUACCGGUACCUUAUCCCGGCCUCGUUAACGUUAGUAUAUAACAUUUUAUUGAUAAGUUAGUACUUGUUAGUGCACAAUAUGUAUAUAUAGUAAUAAUGACAUGUAUGUAACUGAAUAGAUUUAUGAUAACAAGAUGUAUAAUAAAUUCUAAUUUAUGAAAUUAAUUUAAUUUUUUCUGCAACCAGAUUAUGGAAUUUUUCAUAUUUGCCUUCUUUAUUUAUCAAUAUUUCGUGAUAUUGAAGAAAUUCUUUUUUGAAAAUUUCAAACAUAUUAAUUUGUUUUGUUUUUUGUUCGGAUGUAUAGUAUCCUUUGUAUACAGUAAAAAUAAUAAUUGUAAUUAAAUCAUUAAUACUGUAGUAACUUGUAUCGUUUAUUUUGUAUCCGUACAAAAGUGAUUUAAUUGAUAUGAUGUGAUGUCCUAUUUUAGGUUUAUCAAGUAAAAGUUUUAUUUUAUCCCAAAAUGAUUUCAGAAAUUUGCAUGUUAAAAAGUAGUGCUCAUAAUCUUCGAUGACAUCACAAAUAUUACAUAGCGGAGUUUUAGUUAUUUUCCAAGAGAAAAGUAAUUGUUUGGUUGGUAAAAUGUAGUGCAGAAAUUUCCAUCUUAACAUUUUGAAUUUAUUAUCUUGUAUAUAAUAAAAGAUAUAAUUUAGCAUU